UUUCGGGUUGUUAUAUGUUGUAGUAUAGAAUCCUUAUUUCGUUUUUGUUAUAAACCCAGAAGAGGGCAUUCGGAUCUCUCUAUUUUUCUCUUCUGAGUUUUCUUGUAUAUAUCUGUUUCUUCCUUUGUCUUCCACUUUUUAUAUUUUUUGGCUUCACAAGUCGAAAUCUUUUUCCCAGUGGUUUCAAUUGUAAGAAGAGAUGGCAGACAGGCACCAGCACCCAACGGUCAUGCAAAAGUUUGCUGGUCAGCUCCUGCUCAGUUCCAGUCGUUCCCAAGAUGUUCAAAGACCUGCUCUGUAUCAAAGGCAUUUUGCAUAUGGAAAUUACUCCAAUGCAGGAUUACAGUAUCCCAUGACUCAGGCGUGUGGGGCUACCAGCGAUUUGUCAUUGGUUUCUUCAGCAGCCUCACCUGUGUUUGUCCAAGCCCCCAAUGAGAAGGGCUUUGCCAGCUUUGCUACUGAUUUUCUUAUGGGUGGAGUGUCUGCUGCGGUGUCCAAAACUGCUGCUGCUCCAAUUGAGCGAGUGAAGCUCUUGAUCCAGAAUCAGGACGAGAUGAUCAAAGCUGGUCGGCUCUCUGAACCCUACAAGGGAAUUGGAGAUUGUUUUGGCCGAACAAUAAAAGAUGAGGGUUUUGUAUCAUUGUGGAGAGGGAACACAGCUAAUGUCAUCCGUUACUUCCCCACACAGGCCUUGAACUUUGCUUUCAAAGAUUACUUUAAGAGGCUCUUCAACUUCAAGAAAGACAAAGAUGGGUACUGGAAAUGGUUCGCAGGUAACUUGGCAUCUGGUGGUGCUGCUGGUGCUUCUUCCCUGCUCUUUGUCUACUCUUUGGAUUAUGCUCGAACCCGUCUUGCAAAUGAUGCAAAGGCUGCAAAGAAGGGAGGAGGGAGGCAAUUCAAUGGCUUGGUUGAUGUUUACAGGAAGACUCUCCAAUCUGAUGGUAUUGCUGGCCUUUACCGUGGCUUCAACAUUUCUUGCGUAGGCAUCAUUGUCUACCGUGGUUUGUACUUUGGAAUGUAUGACUCUUUGAAGCCAGUUGUCUUGACUGGAAAGUUGCAGGAUAGUUUCUUCGCUAGCUUUGCUCUUGGUUGGGUAAUCACGAAUGGUGCUGGCCUUGCAUCGUAUCCAAUUGACACUGUCCGUAGAAGAAUGAUGAUGACAUCUGGUGAAGCUGUCAAGUAUAAGAGUUCCUUUGAUGCAUUUUCUCAAAUCCUCAAGAAUGAGGGUCCCAAAUCUCUCUUUAAGGGAGCUGGUGCAAAUAUACUCCGUGCUGUUGCUGGUGCUGGUGUGCUUGCAGGUUAUGACAAGCUUCAGGUGAUCCUCUUAGGUAAGAAGUAUGGUUCUGGUGGGGCAUAAUUAAGUGAACGAAGAGAAUCUCCACCUCAUAUUGCAGCUUUAGAUGUUGAUGAAAAUCUUUCUGAUUUCAGUUUGAUAGGAGCCAUAUUUCAACUCACUUGAAUAACUUAGUUUUAGGGGAGUUUUACUCCCAGAGGUUAUUUCCUUCUUGAAUGAGUUUUGUUUCCAUUGUCCUUGGUUGUCAAAGUGGUCUCAAUUUCACUUUGUUGGUUUUUGAUUCGUACGCAAUUAUAAUUUGCUCCGUUUCGAUUUAUUACCAAUUUAAAAUUUGGGAGAAGCUUUUGCUGAA